AAGGCCUGUAAAUCGCACGGGAGACGCGGUACAUACGACUAUACGAGCACGUUAUUACGAGGCUAAAGCGAGACAGCAUGACACAUAGAUAGCCGUCCGUCUUCCUUCUCCCUCACCCCUCCUCGCCAGUCCGUCGCGCCGACGCCUCCCACCACGAAAAUCGCGCACGCAGCAUCCUUCCUUGCGCGCGAAACACGCGUACGCCGGUGGACGCACGUCGUGUGUCUGUGGCUCGCGUGGCUGUACAUACCUGUGAAUAGUGUAUUUUAAGCCUUAGUUUUAACGAAAUGACCGUAUGAAGGAAGAAGACGUGUGAGGGAGAGUCGUGAAACGGAGAGCAACGUGAGUGCAACAUCGAGACAAGAGGGAAAGAGGGAGGCGCAGGCAGAGAAAGAAAGAGAGACGAUUGAUCGACGGCAGAACGAUCCUCGUCAUUGAGAAGCAACCACACGUCGAGGGCGAGCUCGGUAAAUACGCUCCUACGGUCUCUCUCGGGCUGAUAUCAGCGUGCCGCUCGUCAUCAUCGCCGUCAUCGUCGCCGCCGCCACCGCCACCGCCGCCACCGCCGCCGCUGUCGUCGCCGCUGUCGCAACCGCAACGGCAAUCUAAAGUCUCAACCGCAGCCGCCUCGUCACCGUCACCGUCGUCGCUGCCAUCGUCGUCGUAAUCGUCGUUGUCGCCUUCGUCAUUGUCCUCACUGUCGUCCUUCUCGUCGUCGUCGUGGAAACGGUUGGUGAGGAUGUGCCGCCGUUAACAACCACGCGUCUACAGAACAUGUUCACGCAACGGCCGUAGCAAGCGGCAACCUCCACGGCAUCUCGCCAGACGCCGCCGGCUCUCUCUGUGCGAGAGCUAACCUUUACAGAAGCCGAGGGUGCACCUUCCCCUCCAGCACGUUUGGCCGUACCGCCUUCGCCGUGCCCGGGGACAGCGGCGCGGCCUGACACCACGAGGACAUGAAGUGGCUCGGCGCGAGCAGCGGAGGCGCCGGAGGCGAACCGGCAUCCUCCAUGCAGCUGCAUCACACCUCCGCCAACGGCCACAUACCCACGGAUACGGAACAGUGUGGGCAAGUUAUGGCUGGUGGCGAUAAUAUGCGAAUCCAACCUGGUCAGACUCAUCAAAUGGGAGUCAGUAGAACUCAAGACGACGCUAUGGUUGGUUAUGUGUUUCAACGACCUACAGAGCCAGAAUUUAACACCCAAUCUUCGACUUUCCAAGCAAAGCAAGCUCCGAGAGCUUGGGCAUUGGCGGAUGACGUUAUUGUUGAUAAUAAUCAAGAAAAAUGGAAAUAUUCUAUGACUAAGCUUAAUGUACCUCAACAAAGUCAAUCUCAACAACUGGGAUUGACUAUGAACAAUGUACAUUUGAGUAAUGUACCUUAUGAGAUACAUCCUAUGCAAUUAAAAAGUGGUGCGCCUGGUGCAGAACAUUUAGUCUAUCUAAAUAAUCAGAUGACUGCUCAACAACAAGUUGCUCUCUUUCAUCAUCAACAGCAGCAGCAACAAUUCAGGAAUGGACAGAUCGCUCCCUCGACAAAAAAGCUCUGGGGCGUGGACGAGGGUGGCUCCAAGGACGAAGGGGGUGUAAAAGGCGGUGGGACCCUGCUUCACCUGGGCGACCACCCGACUACUAUGUGGCGGGAUUCCACCUGGAGUACGACGUCAGAUCAUGCGGUGUCACAACCAAUUUCAAUGGGUACGGGCAGACGUGUGGGAGUUGGAACGGGAUAUCACCAUCAAGCAUCAGAAGUCGGAACAGUGCUUAGUCCUAGGAGCAGCGAAACAGGUGGUUUGGGAGUUAAAAUGGUUGAAUAUGUUCUUGGAUCGAGUCCCACUACACCAAAAGAUUUAGAACCACGAAUGGUUUCUCUAAGAUUGAAUACUGAUGCAGACAAGAAAGAAAAAGAAAAAGGUUCAGCAAGUCCUUUUGAUAGCACAAAGGACGAUGCUGGACCACAGGGUAAUGGAUUAGCGUCUCAAAAUGGUUUAGACGACGACAAAGGGUUUAACCGCACACCUGGAAGUCGUCAACCGUCACCGGGCGAAGAAGAGUUUCAGAAGAAUGCUGGUCCCGCAUUGGUGAACAAUAACGUUGUUCUCUUAAAACCUGGGAUUGACGUUGUCGGCAAUGAGGAACAUUUCAUGGCAUUUGCUUCAGCACCACCGCAUCAUCUGCAACAUCAUCAGGCGCCACCGACUCAUCAUCUACAACAUCCGCAUUCACAUGCAGCAGCGCAACUCUUCGGGGCGCAAGCCCCGCCGCCGCCACAAGGUCCACCGCCCUCGCAACAACAGCAACAACAACAAGGUCCUCCACAGCCACAAGAAACCGCACCCUUUGAUGUCGGGACACUGUUCCGUAGUCAGCCGCAAGGCGCGACACCACAACAACUGCAACUUCUACAGCAGCAGCAGCAACAACAGCAGCAACAAUACCUAGCCGCGUCCCAAGCGCAGCAACAGCAGCAGCAGCAGCAGCAGCAACAAAACUUUCCUACUGCCCCCUAUACUGUUAUCAGUGGACAGGAGCCUUACGUAGGAGCGCUGAUAGCUGGCGCACCACCUCCUGUAGUACCGCAAUACUAUGGUGUCGGGCCCUGGGUCUAUCCGGCUGGAUUGCUGCCGCAGGCACCACCCCAGGCGGCUGCACCACCGCCACCCCGACGGCCACUCACCCCCUCUUCGGCAGCGGCUGCGGCUGCUGCCGCGCAGGACACCGCCAACAAUCUGGCACAAACGGUACAGGGUCAGUAUCAGGUGAUACCGGCUUACUACGAUCAGAACGGUUCCAUCGUCAUGGGAGGCGUUCGCGGAUUAAGUUCGGCAGCGACCCCCAUGAGAUUAGUCAGCCCCGCACCAGUUCUCGUAAACAGAGCUCCAUCUCAACCACCACCGGGUCCACCGGCACCGCCACCGCCAAAUUUAUAUUCUCAACCAACUCCGACAUCACACAGCAACGCUACGCCUGGCGAAUGUCUAGGUCUGGCAGCGUGCAGCGCAGCGGCAGUGGUCGCGCAAGCCCAGGCAGUUGCGGUGCAACAGGCGCAGCAGCAAGGUUCAGGACUUGCCGCAGGUUUAGCGGCUCUAGGAUAUGGCGGCUCCCCGCUCGGAGCAUUGGGCUCGCCUGCCCAACUACAAAACACAGGUUUAGGCCUCGGUGCGUCUUCAACCGGCAGACGUGAUUCCUUUGAUAGAAAUACUUCAGCCUUCAGUCCAAGCUUGGAAUAUAGCCGGGCGAAGUGGCCUCAGAGUUACGGCGCCCUCGAUACAGGUACCUGGGACAGAGUGUAUUUAGCUACAAAUGCAGGUACUCCCUGCAAAGAAUAUACAGACACAGGUACAGUUACUGCGUCACCAAGUCCCUUAGGCUUGUCGUUAACACCGCCGCCAACUUUAGGAGGAUCACUGGGUGGUCUUGUAGGAGGUGCCAGUCGAGUAUCAGCGGCCCCCGGUGCCGAAGCGAAGUUCCGCGCCAGUGCGGUACCCACCCUAACAGCCAACGGAGUGUUUGGCUCUAGUAGCUCUCUGUUUCCCAAUCUCGUAGGCAAGCCUGGUCGUGGAGGUGCCGCUAACAUCAACGACAAAAAUUCUGGAGGACGAUCUCGCCUACUGGAAGAUUUUCGAAAUAAUCGUUUCCCGAGUCUUCAGUUGCGUGAUUUGGCUAAUCACAUAGUCGAGUUCAGUCAAGAUCAGCAUGGUUCACGAUUCAUUCAACAGAAAUUGGAACGGGCCUCGGCCAGUGAGAAACAGCUUGUAUUCCAAGAGAUCCUUUCCUCCGCAUAUUCUCUCAUGACUGAUGUCUUCGGAAAUUAUGUUAUACAGAAGUUCUUUGAAUACGGUACACAAGAACAGAAAUCGACUCUCGCACAAAAGGUUCGAGGACAUGUUUUACCACUUGCGCUGCAGAUGUAUGGCUGCAGAGUCAUACAGAAGGCACUCGAGUCGAUCGGACCGGAACAGCAGCAGGAAAUCGUACGAGAACUAGAUGGGCAUGUGUUGAAGUGUGUUAAGGAUCAAAACGGGAAUCACGUUGUGCAGAAAUGCAUCGAGUGCGUUGAACCUCGUGCAUUACAGUUCGUGAUAGGAGCCUUUGCGGGACAGGUAUACUCUUUGAGUACUCAUCCGUAUGGCUGCCGAGUAAUCCAGCGUAUCCUCGAACAUUGCACCGCUGAACAAACUCAAGGAAUUUUGCAAGAAUUACACGCUGCCACUGAUCAACUAAUUCAAGAUCAAUAUGGCAAUUACGUCAUUCAACAUGUGCUUGAGCAUGGAAAGCCAGAGGACAAAGCACAAUUAAUCAGCAGCGUUAGAGGUAAAGUACUCGCUCUUUCCCAGCACAAGUUUGCGAGUAACGUCGUCGAAAAAUGCGUGACUCAUGCUACAAGGCAGGAACGCGCUGUACUGAUUGAAGAAGUUUGCGGUUUCAAUGACAAUGCACUGAACGUGAUGAUGAAGGAUCAGUAUGCCAAUUAUGUCGUCCAAAAGAUGAUUGAUGUCGCGGAGCCAGCGCAGCGCAAGGUGCUGAUGCAUAAGAUUCGGCCGCAUUUGGGAAGUUUACGCAAAUACACCUAUGGCAAGCACAUCAUUGUUAAAUUGGAAAAGUUCUUCAUGAAGACCGCUUCAGCGAUGGGAGUAGGAGCGACGUCUGCUGGUACAUCAACAAGCAGCGGAGGCGGCGAUCUCGGCCCGAUCGGACCGCCUGCGUCCGCCGCAUCUGGUCCAGUCUCGACGUCAAACCAACAAUCAACGCAGGUUUUAUAAACGCGCAUGCACGGAAUAGCCUCUCCCUCCGCGGAAAAAGAAAAAGAUCCGCGAAGAAGGAGGCAAGAAAAACCGCAUGUCCGCAUGUCGCGUUAUGUAUUACCUUAUCUUUUUACCUUAGCGAGAUCUGUUCUACCUAUCAACGGGAAUCACGAAUUUCAACGAAUUUCCCACGUAUGUUUCUUUUCUCGUUUUGCCCCAUGUCCUUCGAAGACAAGAGAAAAAGAAGCGGAAAAAUAAACUUUUCUAACGAUUGUUUCUCAUAAGAAAUUUGUUAAUGUAACGAUUUUUCUUAUUUUUGCAAUCACGAAGUCGACGAUAUUUGUACAGUAAACCAGCUUUUCUUCGGGACUCGGGCAAUGCGAGAUCAAAUUAUGGCGAAAUCCGUUCUAACGAGAAUUCUACGAAAAAAACAGUCCGUAGAAACGAGGAUAGAUACGUUGUAGCGCAUUUUUCUAUCGUUUUGCAACAUGUACCCCUACUUGAGAGUACCACGUACGUAGAGAUAUUCGCAUUACCGAUCGAGCAUAUUGAAUAGAAGUGUUGCACUAUGAUUUUUGAUUUGCAAGUAAUGAUGUUUCUCACGAUCGGCUCGAGUUUCAAGUACGUUUCACGACCAAUCGGCGCACGCUAAGCUAAGCUAUUGGCUAGUAUUGUGCCGCAUAAAAAUGCAUUAAAUUUCGUACAGAUCCAUAAAAGAGGAUCACUCGAUUGUUAAAUUAUCGUGCAGAGCAGUUACGCUGGAUUCACUAGAUGCGUUAAGUCUCCUCAAUCCAGCACAUAGAAAGGAAAAUAUGUAAGGGUUUUAUUCUCUGAUAAAAGUGAAUAAAACGGAGCAUUACGGAUGUGCGAAGCGCAAUUCUCGUCAAGAAUUAUAUUUGGCGAGAAUGUUAACAACAAGCUUCUAUGAGGGCGACGCGAUAAAAUCACGGACAGUUUUAGAGACAGUUAGGUCUUAGUGCUGCAUGCAUUUAUAUCGAAUUGUACGAAGGUUGUAACACAUUACACACACACAUAUACACACACACACACACACACA